UAUCGGAUAAAGUUUUGUUUUUUUAACUUGAAGGUUAGAGAGUUUUGGCAGAGUUACCGUUAAGCUAACAUGCUAAUGCUAAUGCAACGUUUCCACAUCAGAUCUUUAGUCGCAACGUUUUAAAGGGGAAGCAGAAAACGAAGAGGUAUGCAGCGAUGAAAAGAAUGAUCAGUCUCAAGGACCAAAGAAUAAAAGAGACAGACAGAGCCAAAGCAAAAGAGAAAAAGAAGAAAGACCCUUCGCAGCUGAAGGAGAGAGAAGUGACUAAGUACCCAUCGUGCCUCUUUUUUCAAUACAACACUCAGCUUGGCCCACCAUACCACAUUCUGGUUGACACAAAUUUUAUAAACUUCUCCAUCAAGGCCAAACUGGACAUUGUUCAGUCUAUGAUGGACUGCCUUUAUGCCAAAUGUAUACCAUAUAUUACAGACUGUGUAAUGGCUGAGAUUGAAAAGCUUGGAAUGAAAUACAGAGUCGCGCUCAGGAUAGCAAAAGAUCCAAGAUUUGAGCGUCUGCCUUGCACACACAAGGGAACUUACGCUGAUGACUGCUUAGUCCAACGAGUGACACAGCACAAGUGUUACAUCCUGGCCACUGUUGACCGAGAUCUGAAGAGAAGAGUCAGGAAGAUCCCUGGAGUGCCCAUCAUGUACAUCUCAAACCACAGGUAUAACAUUGAACGGAUGCCUGAUGACUACGGUGCUCCAAGAUUUUAAUGUAUCUACAGCUGACCAAGAACUGUAAAUAGACUGAAGUUUCCUGUUGAUUAUUCCUUUCAUUUGUAUUAAAAAUAUUGAGGAUUGAAGCUAAUUUUGUUUUCUCUGGAUACUCCUGCUUUCUUGUACAGUCCAGAGACACAUACAUGUUAGGUUAAUAUAACAAACACAUUAACUGGGGAUUCUGGUUUGACAGUACGGGUGAGUUUGAGUGUGAAUGAUUGUGAUGAUGACCCCUGUGAUAAGCUGGUGACCUGUCUGGCGUGUAUCCUUCCUCUCGCCCAGUGUCAGCAGGAUUGGAUAAACCUUGAAUGGAUGGAAGUUUAAUUUUGUGAGGAUGGGGUGUAUUUGGUCACAUUUCAAACUGCAAAAUAAUUUAAUUGAAUUAUUUGUUCUUGAAACAUAUUGUUACAAUUUUUUUGAUUGAAUAAAGGUGUUAUUGAAAUAUC